AUUGGUUUGUAUAAAUAUUUAGUUUGCUUAUACGAAAAUUUUUGUUGCAAUUCGUUCGUGAAGUAGUAAACAUGGUUAGACCCUUACUCCGCUUAAGAAGGUUACCUUUUUAUUUGCAAAUCCGAAAUCAAGAAACGUCUACUAAAAUAAAAUCAAUUGAAUCUGUACCACCAGCUACAACUGCCUCAUUACACUCCACUGAUGUGGGUACUGUUUUGGGCGAAAGUACAAUUCAAAUAAAAACUCCUUCACUAAAUGAAAUUAGGGUAAAGGAAGUUGAUGCUGCUACUCAGACAGAUAGUUCACUCAAAUUAAUUCAAAAUUUUGAUGAAGUACCUGGACCGAGAGUUCUUAAAAAUGUUGCUAAUAUUCUACGGUACAUUCCAAGUUUAAGUACGCAUGUAACUGCAACCACAAUACAAUAUAUAUUAAGUACUGGAUCUCAGUUAGUUGGAGGCGCUGAUUCAAGAUUUAUAAAAUGGUUAUUUGAUGAAUAUGGUCCUGUAGUACGAUUAGAGGCACCUCUAGGUGGCAAUAUUGUUAUAUUAAGUAGACCAGAACAUGUGCAUGCCGUUUUUAAGAAUGAAGGGCCAUACCCUAUUCGAUCAAGUCUUGAUUGUAUUGAAAAAUACAGAUUGCAACAUCGUCAAUAUAAACAAGCUGGACCUUAUAUUAUGCAUGGUCCCGAAUGGAUACAAUUAAGAAGUAAACUUCAAACUCCAUUAGAAAGUAUGCUUGAUAUACACUUCCAAAAUUUACAAUCAUCUUGUGAUCGUUUUGUUAAAAUAAUUAAAAGAAUUCGAAAUCAACAAGAAGAAACCCCUGCUGAAUUUCAUUCUGAAAUUUAUAAGUGGAGCAUGGAUUGUUUAACAAUAGUUUCGUUUAAUAAAGAACUUGGAUUUUUGGAUGCUGACGGUCUUCGACCAACAUCUGAAGCAAUGGCAUUAUUUAACGCACUCAAGGAUGCUACAGCGGCUAUUCAUAAAUGUGAGGGAGGAUUAAAGCUGUGGAAAUUUUUUGUAACUCGAGAUUGGAAAUUAUUGCUCAAACAGCUCGAUACUAUUGACAAUAUUGUCAAUAAAUAUAUUGGAUCAAUUCAAUUAGCUAUUGAAGAUAAAGAUUCUAAAUUAUCAAUUGGUCCAAAUUCAUUAGUUGAAGCAUUAUUAGUAAAAGAACAACUUCAAUCUGAAGAUAUUUUAACCGUAUUGGUUGAUUUAAUGAUUAUCGGAGUAAAUACUACAUCGCAUGCUAUGGCAUUCUUGUUGUACCAUCUAGCACGUAAUCCAAAAGUGCAAAAGAAAUUGUAUAACGAAAUAAGAAAUGCAAACUUAUACGAAAUAAACUCUUACGAAAAACUACCAUACUUGCAAGCUUGUAUAAAAGAAAGUUUGAGAUUAAAACCACCGAUGCCAGUUUUGAGUCGAAUACUACAACAAGAUGUAAUUAUUCACAAUUACCGAAUCCCUAAAGAUACAUUUGUAUUAAUGGCAACACAUUUAGCAAGUCUACGUGAUGAAAAUUUUGAAAAUCCAACUAAAUAUGAUCCAGAACGUUGGAUUGACGAUACUGAUAGUGGUACACAAUCGUUGGCCAGUAUUCCAUUUGGUUUUGGACCUAAAUCAUGUUUGGGACAAAAAUUAGCGAUGUUGCAACUUAGCAUGAUGACAGCCAAGAUAAUUAAAGAGUUCAAUAUUCAAUACAAUUAUGGUGACAUAACAGCAGGAACAAAAAUCUUAUCGAAUCCAAAUCGACCAUUGAAAUUUCGAUUCAUUGAAAGAAACUAAAUAUAAUUUUGUAUUUAUAAAUUAUCUAUUUUUGUGGUUCUUAAGUGUUUUCAAAUCGAUAGCUUUAAAAAAUUUAGA